GGGCGGGAGGUGGGCAGCCCGCCCCCAUGCACGGGCGGGGCGUGGGCUGUCGCAGGGACGUCGUCGGGCCUGGUGCUGGUGUUCGACGUCCCCGGCAAGGGCCCCAACAUCACGCUGAGCGAGGUCCUGGAGGAGCACCGUGAGGCCGUCACCGACAUCGCCGCCGAGCUCAGCGACAGCCCGGCUGGCGCUGCCGACGUGGUGACCGCGGACGACGUGGGGACGCUGUGCGUCUGGAGGGCCGGGGAGGCGUUCGCUCUGCUCACCAGGAUCUCGGCCAGCGGCUGCACCUGCUCCUCCGUGAAGCUGUGGAAGGGGGUGAUCGCCGCCGGCUACGGCAACGGGCAGAUCCGGCUCUACGAGGCGGCCACGGGGGUGCUGCGAGCCCAGGUGCACGCCCACGCCCGCUGGAUCUACGCCCUGGACCUAGCGCCGCUGUCGGGGAAGCUGCUCUCUGGGGCCGAGGACUCCUUUGUCCACGUCUGGCAGCUUGGCCUGGACCCGGACACGGGCGACGUGGAGAUCGAGCACUGCCACUCGGAGUGCGUGACCGACACCCAGAUCUGCGGCGCCCGCUUCUGCGACCCCGAGGGCAGCUCUUUCGCCGUCACCGGCUACGACCUCAGCGAGAUCAUCCGUUACGGCCAGGUCUAGCUGCCCGGGGGGCCUUGGUCUGACCGGGGGGCCACGGCCAUGUCCGAUCCCAGUGCCCAGCUCUGCUGCAGCAGUGUGUCCCUCAUGGGGAAGGAGCCCCCCGCUGGGCUCCUGCAGCAGGAGGCCAGGCCAGCCGUGUGGGGCGGGGGCUGCAGCUGUGCCCUCCCCAGGGGGAAGGCACUUGCUGGCGCGGGAGCUGGGCCCUCCCGAGAGGGAGCUCCCCUCUGCUCAGCAGCCUGCGGCUCAAGGCUGAAUGAGACUCGGCCUCGUCCUGUUUCGGCCCCCCAGCCAGCACCCUUCUUGCCCAGGGCAGGUGACUGGAGUGGCACAGCUGCUGCAGCUUCCAGCCCCCGCCCGUGGGGCUCUGACCUUGCCCAGAGAUCAGAGCCUGGGGGGGCUGUGGCCCCACUGCAAUGCUCCAGGGCCCAGCAGGGCUCCGACAGCCCCCCCGGCCUCUCACGCACAGCCGUCCCUUCCAGGACCCUGUGUCAGGGGCAGGGGUUGGUGAGGGCAGCCCCUGCCUGGAUGCCUCCAGACCCCAGGGCCCACAAGCUUUCCACUGAAGCUGGGAAGCCUGCGGCCAAGCUGGGCGAAGCCAGGGAGGAACCGCUGCUGUUCUCUUUUCUAGGUCAUGGCAGCAUCCCGGGGGGGUGGUUGGGGGGGAGCCUGGCAGCCGGCUGCAGCUCAGCCCUGCUCCCUGCGCCAGCCUCACCUGUGGCCUGCUCUGGGCAGCUGGGCCCAGCAGCAUGGAUGGGGCUGCCUCUGGGCCAGUCCUGCCUGGGCAACAUCUCCGCAGCUCUCCAGGCUGGCUGUGGUGAGCAUCGCUGCCCCAGCCAGGCAGGGUGGUGGGAACGGGGGCUCUGCACCUGCUCCCCCUGCCCCUGCCCCUGCCCCAGCCCAGUCUGCACUCAGGCUUCUCCCUCCAGGCAGCCGAUUGGGGCUGAGGCUAAGCAUGAGGGUCCAGGCCCUUCCACUGGCCCAGGAUGCUUAGACUGGCUGCACAGCCUCCCUGGGGACCCUGCCGCUGGGCUUCUCCCUGGCUCAGGGACCUGCUGCAGCACCACUGCAUCUCCUUACACUGGCAUGAGCCCUGCCUGGGUCAGAAUCCUAGACAAUGAGGGUUGAAGGGAUCUCAGGAGGUCACAUCUAGUCCAACCCCCUGCUCGAAGCAGGACCAGCCCCAACUGCAUCAUCCCAGCCAAGGCUUUGUCAAGCCGGGUCUUAAAUACCUUCAAUGAUAGAGACUCCACCACCUCUCUGGGGAGCUUGUUCCAGUGCUUCCUAGUGAGAGUUUUUCCUAAUAUCCAAUCUCAACUUGGCUUGCUGCAGCUUGAGCCCAUUGCUCCUUCUGUCAUCUGCCCCCACUGAGACCAGCCCAGCUCCAUCCUCUUUGCAGCCCCCCUGCAGGGAGUUGGAGGCUGCUAUUCAACCCCCCUCAGUCUUCUUUUCCAGACCAUAUCAGCCCAGUUCUCUAAGCUGCUCCUCACCAGUCCUGUCCCCCAUCCCCACAAUCGUUUUCAUUGCCCUCCGCUGGACUCUCCAAUGUGCCCACAUCCUUUCUGUAGCGGGGGGCCACAGCUGGACACAGGACUCCACAUGUGUCCUCCCCAGUGCUGAAUAGAGGGAAAGCAUCACUUCCCUCCGUCUGCUGGCAACGCUCCUACCCAUGCAGCCCAGGACGCCGUUAGCUUUCUCUGUAGCAAGGAUCACCUGCCACUGCUCCCUGCAGAAGCCUCUGGCAGAGGCCUGAAGCCUUCCUGGGCAGCUGGAGAGCCCACCCCAGAGGUGGCCGCACUGCCGUAGUGGCAGAGUAACAGAGUGGGGAUGGGUGUCUUGAGGGAGUGGGAGGCCAUGGCCUUUCUGCAUCUCCUGCCUGGAGGUCCCCAAAGUCUCCCGCAUUGCACCAAGCCCCUCUCUGCCAUGCGGCCCAGCCUGGGGCCAGAGCAUGGCUCCCCAGGGGGGGAGGCGCUGUAGUUGCUCUGCCAGGGCCCUUGAGACACUGCCAAUAAAUCAGCUUGAACCCCAA